AUGAAAACAGAAUUAUUACAAACAAUUAUUAAAACACAAGAUUACAAUUUAUUCUCUAGAAAGUACUUGGAGAUAAAUAAAAUGUUAGACAUUACAGUUUUACAAUCUUUAGUAUCUAAUAAUGAAAUGGAUAUUUUACUAAAGACACUAGAAUUAAUGCUUUUUUUUAAAAAUAAAAAGUAUUUAGAAGUUAUUUCUUGUAUUGAAAAUGAUAUUAAAGGAUUAUUACUAGGUAAAAUAAGAGCCUAUGAUAUUUGUAUAUCUAAAAUAUUAAGGUUAUAUUAUUUAUCAAGAAAAGAGUUAAAAAUGAGUAAUGAUAUUUUUUUUAAUCUUAUGGUACCUAAUAAGGAGUUAGGAAAUGAAGAAUCUGUUUCAGUAAUAACAAAUUGUUUAUUAGAUUAUCUUAUUAGUAAUAACAUUUAUAAAAGAAUUAAUAAUAAUAUUGUUCAGUCAGAAAUGUCAAAAUUUAACUUUUAUAAUGGAAUAAUAGAAUUAGUAGAAGGUAAUUAUGAGUAUGCUUAUCAAUUAUUUGAUUCUUCAAUCAAUACUUUUACAAAAAAGAAAUGCAUUCAAAACAAAAAAUAUUUAAUAUUAGCCAGUUUACUACAGUCUAAUUAUAAUAUUAAUAUUACUUUUGAUAAAAAAAUUAAGAUAUAUUUUGAUCUUGUUAAGAUUGUAAAAAGUGCUAAUUUACAAGCAUUUUAUAAAUUUCUUGAAGAUUUUAAAAUUGAGUUAAUUCGAGAUAAAACAUUUUUUAUCAUUUUGAGAUUAUCUCAAAUUGUAAUACAAGAAAAAAUACGAUGUAUGAGUCUAGUGUAUUCUAGAAUAUCUUUUGAUGACAUGAGUGUUAGGUUGAAAAUGGAAAGAGAAGAUUUAGAAUUUAUUUUAAGAAAAAGUAUUAACUCUGGAUUAGUAAGUGGUAGAAUAGAAGGAGAAAUAUACUAUACGAGUAAGCAAAAAGGAAUAGAAGAAAUUAAAUUACAAUUUGAACAAGUAAAAAGAAUUAAUGAACAGAUUAAGAGAGAAAUGAAAUAUCCACCGAUAAUACCAUUAUCAUAUGACAAAGCAGUAAAUAAUUAA